AUGUGACAGACCCCAACAGCAUCAAGGCUGCAGUUGAGAAGGUGCAGGAGGAGGUGGGAAGCGCCGGCCUCAACCUCCUGAUCAACAACGCCGGCACCACGCGCCGCAGCACGUUGGCCACCGAGACAGCAGAGAACAUGAGCCUGGUCUACACCACCAACACCAUUGGGCCCCUGCAGACGAGCCAGGCGUUCCUGCCCCUGCUGAAGAAGGCUGCCGAGGCCGAAGGGCAGCAGGAGAUGAGCUGCAGCAGAGCUGCCAUCAUCAACAUCUCCAGCAUCCUGGGCUCCAUCGAGGCGGCGGAGGCUUGGGAGGAGAGGCAGGACGUCUGCUACCGCUGCAGCAAGGCUGCUCUGAACAUGCUCACCAGGUGCCUGGCCCUGGAGUAUGGGGGCAGUGGGAUCCUCUGCGUGUCGGUGGACCCUGGCUGUGUGUCACCUCCCUUGGGACAGGGGACG